AUGAACAAUCACACGUCGUCCGUUUACAACAACUCUUUGCUAAAAGUCCCGAGAAACCCGAUCGUCGGGCAGCCGUUGCCGCUCUACGAGCAGAAUUGCAAGUACCACCUGGAGGAGAGGGUCGGGCGAAGUGGAUUCUCCGAAGAGCUGCAGGAGAUGGCGAGAAAAAAGUACCUGGAUAAAGAGACGACGGAGUCGUUCGUGGAAUUCUUCAACGAUAUCCCCGAGUAUCACCAAGUGGGGCAUCUGUCAAACGCCGAGUUCUACGCCGAAUUGGAGAAGCUGAAGCUGAAGAAGAGGGCGUUCGAGGACAGCCUACACAAGGAGAUAAAGUUCGAUCCGAAAAAUACGGAAGCCAUCGAGUGUUUCAAGAUGGAGAAACUCAAGAGCAAAACGAAGAAGAAAGCGAUGUCGAAACCCUUCUGCGCUACGCCAGUCAACAAAUCGUUUAGCAGGAUUUUGACCCCUGAUAUCGAUUCGGAAUUUUCCGACAAAGAGGAUAUUCGUGAGAGGAAAAAGUCGACAUUAAAACCAUACAACAAGACAUUACGACCAAUUUUAACACCAGAUAUAGACUCAGAAUUCUCAGACAAAGACGUGUCAAUCAAACCUCCAUCGCGAAGAUCGGUGAGGAUCGAGACUCCGAGCGAUAAAUUUUCGUAUAACGGCACCCCGGAGCCUCAUUUCCGUACUAAAUCCAGAACAACAAAUCUUAAAUCCAACGAAAAUCUAUCGGAUUGGGAAAAUAUCGGACCGAGUAAUCCAGAGAACGUGGGAAAUUCGACCGAUUGGACAAAAACCACCGAUUUCAACGAGCCCUUAUCCGACUGGAAGCUCAUGAGAUCGAUGGCUAGUAAUCCUCGAGGAGAGUCGAAACACAAAGUCGAACUCUCGAAACCACAAAAACCCUCUGAUCAAUGGGAAGAGACCAAAUCUGUACCUAAAGCUCUAUUACGAAGACAUUAUUCUUCGGACGAAAUAAAAUUAGCUGCGGCAUCGCAAGAAUUGAAAUCGAACUAUUCCGCAGAGGAUCUGAAAUCCGACGACCAUUUGAACAGGAACUGGUUUUCUCAGGACCUCAAGAACGACACGAAUGUUGAGGAAAAUCGGCCCAAAUCCGGGUUGAAAGAUCGCAAAGCCUGCGGAAAUAUAACCGAUUGGGAGGAUCUCAGCAUCGAGAAUUUGAAUACGUUGUGCAACAGCCCUGAACCGUUGCAAACCAGAAGCGCUCCUGCUACUCCCACGAAGAGCAAAUCAACUACGAAAUGGAACAACGGUGGAAUUACCAUACCCAAACCCUUCCAGAUGACAGUAAGAGAUGAAGAAAAUAAAAUUGUAGAAGAAUUGUACCUUAAAAUGAAGAAGCCUAAAGAAGAGAAACCCGAAAUGUUCAAGGCCCACGAUAUACCAAUCGAAUCGCUAAUUCCACUGUUUGAUAAACUCGUUUCAGACCAGCAAAGAAGAAGUUUCAUCGCCAAGGAAAAGAGAAAGGCUGCUCUAAGAGCCCAAGUGAAACCGUUCUCGUUCACCAAACGAGACGAAGAAAUUCAAGAAUUGACAAGGGAAUUAUCUAAAUCCUCACCAAAUUUGUACACGGAUCCGCCGUUAAAAAUCAAAAAAUUCAAAGCCAAGCCCAUUCCGCGUAACCUCUUCAGCAACUACAUAUAUCGCAAAAUGCACGAAGACGAGUACUAUAGGUUUUGUACAUCAAAAACUUCUGCUUCAAUACUUACUAGAGGCUACUUUUACAGAUCCCUGCAGAAGAAAGUUCGCGCUGAAGAACUACUCAAAGCUGCAUCGUUGCCUCCUUCGAUGGCGAAGCGAGAAAAGACCAAACCCAAAUUCGACACUUGUCCUCGUUCUUACAGCGUUUUAAGAGGAGACAAACCCAUUAGAAAAUCGAAAAGCGUCCCCGACUACAAAAUCUACCACGACAAAUACGAAAAGGAGCUGGAGGAUUUGAAAAACGACUUCAUUUCAACGAGUCCUCGGCCAUUCAAACUCAAAACAUCAAAAAGGGGAAAAAGAAAUUUGAGAUUAUCGUCUGCUAGUAGUAAGAGUUCUUCGUCGAAGAUGACUGUAUCGCCUUCACUAAACACAUCGUCAAUUAACACUUCCAAUUUGGCUGCAGUGCUGAGAAUCCAAUCGGCAAGGAAUAAGCUGGAGACUGAAAUGGAGAAGAGGCUUCAGGAGGCCCAACUGCGCGAGGAGUUGCGAUGGAGGGAGAAGUUAUUUCGGAAGAAGCCGAUUUGGCAAACGUUAGCCUACAGUCACGAGGAGGAUUUGGCGAUGAGGCUGCGACUGCGCAGAGACGAGGAGCGGCUGAGGAGCGAGGAGCACAAGAUGAGGAUGCAGCUGAUGUACGGGAGGGUCAACCAGCAGCCGACGUUGUUCGAAAGGCAAUCACAAAUGAAAUAUCCGAAAACUAAGGAGGAAUUGAAACAUCAGCUGAGAAUGAUCUAUGGAAAGCCGCUGAAAGUUGGUAAAAGGGAAAGGGCGAACACGCCGCCUGGUAAUGAAUUUAAUGAGGAAAAUUGCCAGUCGGAAACGGGGGAAAGCCAGGAGAGUAAAGAGAAGGAAUGCUUGGAUGAGAAGGAAAAAUGCGAGUGCUCUUGCGACGAAACCGAUGACUACAAAUAUUAG